AUGUCCUACCAACAAUAUCCCCCUCCCAACCAGCCGCCUUACGGAUCCCAGCAACCUCCUCCUCACGGAUACCCGCAGCAGCAAUCCUAUCCCCCGCAACAAGGUGGCUAUCCUCCACAACAAGGUGCUUAUCCUCCGCAACAAGGUGCCUACCCUCCACAGCAUGCGGGAUACCCGCCCCAGCACCAGCAAUAUGGCCCAGGCGGGUUGAUCCCCCCGCAGGGCCAUCUCCCCGCCUCAGCAGAGCCCAGCAUCUGGGAUCUCUUGGUCCACCCUCGCCGCAUUCUGGAUAUGCACCCUCCCCGCAACAUCCGCCAUACGGACAGCCUUCCCCGGGCUACGCACCUUACGGACAACCUAGCCCUGGAUACCCUCAAGGCCCUGGCUUCGGCCCGCCUGGCCCAGCACCUGGCCCAUUAG